AAAAAAAAGCAAAAAGUAAAAAGUAGUAAAAAGCAAACGAACAAGCAGACAAAAAGGAAAAACUAACAGCGAAAGACUCUAUACAUAGAUAUCUUUAAUAUAUUGUGUGUGUGCGCCUGUGUUUAUCAUUCAUGUGUGUUCAUGUAUGUACGUCAAAGAAGAAGAAGAAGAAUAAGAUUCCUUCGAUCCAAGUCACAUCAUUGCUCAACUAAACGAAACAAUAAAAUAACAAGCAAUCUAACAACAACAAUAAAUGGCAAAAGAAGAACUGCAUCAAAUAUUACAUCGUCAUCAUUGCCAUCACCAUCUCUAACCCAACGGAAAUACUUUUGUAUUUAUGCACAUGCAUAUGUGCAUGUGUGAAACUCUACCGGAAAUUGCAACAAAUCGAAAGAAAAGAUUUUGAUUACAAAAAAAUUUACAACGUAACGGAAAUUUACAAAUUAAAUCGUAUGAAAUUAUUCAUACAUUAUUAAUGAGAAAUUACUAAUUCCGAUAUCCGUAUCCGAUAAAUAUGAUAAGAAGAGUAAAUAAAGUAAGUUUCUUUUUUGGUUUGAGACAAGGUUGAGUUUACAACGAAAAGAAAAGACGAGAAAAAAGCAACAAAAAAAAUUAUGAACAUUUGUAUAUGCGUUACGAGUUAAUGAGACUUUAGAUGAGAGAAAGAAAAGACACAUCAUAGUUUGUAAAAUUAUAUAGAAAAUCUUUUGCAUUUCAAUUGUUCUACCAAUGUAAGGCGGCAACCAUUGGAAAGAAUAUUUAUAUUUAUAUACGAAAGAACGAAAGAAAGAACGAACGAAAGAACGAACGUAUGUUUAGUGAAUCAUCUGCGACCCCAUUAUUAAAAGUGAAAUGGGCUGCUGUUGCGGCUGUUGCUGCUGUAUGCUGUAAUGCUUUGAAAAAUACAUUAAUGCGGUGCAAUUUAAAGGCAAUCGAAACGUGCCAUAGAUACGACGUAUCGUCACAUCUUUACUAUUACCACUAAAUGCAGUGGAAGAAGAAGUUUACACGAUUGAAAGCAGCUACAGGACAUUCGCGUGCGCGAAGAAUGCUUUGUUGUGGACGAAGAAAGGAAAAUGGAAGAUCCGUUCCUGAUGUUACGGCUAGUCCGGGGCGUGCACCGCCCGGACCAUUGCCGUCAAAUCAAAUGCAAUCAAUGGGAAACCAACAGCAGCAUCAGCAACAACAGCAACAACAACAGCAGUCACAACAACAGCAACAGCAACAUCAACAGCAACAGAGACAAGGUAGCGCCAAAGAGCCGGUAUUGUUGCAAGGCGAUUUUCGUAAGGUAUCCGGCAUUAGUUCGGAAAUAUUUCGCCAGAUAGAAGCUGUUGAGAAUGAUCAUGAUCCCAAUACUGCGGCCGCUUUGGAGGCGGUCGAUAGGCGUGGUGAAAUGAUUGUACGUAUUUUGGAGCCCCGUUGUAUAGGUGGAAAACAUGCCGUAGAAGCAGCCCAGAAGUUGAUGGCGAAAGGUGAUGCACGUCAUACAGUGCAGCUAGUGGAAAUAGUAAAACGACCUGGACAGACUUUGGGUUUGUAUAUACGCGAGGGAAAUGGUGCAGAUCGCACAGAUGGCGUAUUUGUUUCUCGUAUAGCAUUAGAGUCGCCUGUUUAUACUAGUGGUUGUUUAAAGGUUGGAGAUGAAAUAUUGGCAGUUAAUUUGGUUGAUGUUACUCACAUGUCACUAGAUGAUGUUGUCAUCAUUAUGUCAAUUCCCCGGCGUUUGGUUUUAGCUAUUCGACAACGCCGCGGAAAUCGAGGUACCGGAUCACCUGGGCCACCUACGCUUUCUCGACCAGAACAGAAACCACCUCCGGUUGUUGUCAUUAAACGGGAUCUUCGUGAUGAAGAUCUAGAUGAGCCAGAUCAUGUACCAAGGCCUCGACCAUCACGCGAAAGACGUACAGGUGAUGGACGUGAAAUGUCUGAAUCACGACUUGGAUUAGGGCUUAAUAAUUAUAGUCCACAAUCAGAGCAAUUGGAUAUGUAUUAUAAUACACGACCAAGCGUAGAAUCUACUAGUUGGGGCUAUAAACCACCAGCACCACCGCCAUCUGUAAUCACUGAACAACCAAAGAGUCAUGCGUUCGCUCCGUCACAUGCAUACUAUAAGAACGCCGGCACACUUGAAAGCCUUGCUGAAAAGGUGCACUCUUUUUAUCCUGGCGGACCUUCAAGGCGUUUAUCCGGUUCAGGUAUAUCGCAUUUCCGUUUUCCACGUUCUGGUUCAGAUCAGCACUUACCUCGCAUAGAAUAUGCCGAUUAUUCAAACUCAUUAGGGCGACAUUCUUCUCUGCUACGCUCCAGCCUGAAGCCAAGCAGUGCGGGAGGUCCUCCUCAUAUGGCUGUUGGUGGCACAUUGGGACGUUACGGUCGUUACGAUUCACGUUCUGCAACAAAAUAUGGGCCAAGCGCUGCACAACCAUUACAACGGCGCUCUAGGCCGAAUCUGGACUACUCAAGUGACACAGAAGCUACAGUUGGACCUCGACCUACAUAUUACUAUUAUAAUAGACCUGCGGUUGGUAGUAUGCCUCGUGGCGCGACCGCUGCGGGCACGAGCGUGCUAGGUGGAGGUCCAGAUAUGGCUAAAUUCAAUUCACUGCCACGUGAUCGACCUGGUGUUCGUCUUCAAACCAUACGGUCAAGAAUAGGCGAUCGAAUAAUGGACGACACGGACGGUAAUAUUUCGGCACCAGAGUUUAAUGCACGAAGAGAUCGUGACUUAAGGUCACGGGUUACUGCCAGUCCAUCAAUGUUUUCUACAGACGAGUAUCGUGCAUGGCUCCGAAGAGCCCCAAGCAGUUCAGCAAUUGCUGAACAAAUGCGUAUAACACGCGACCUUCUCAGCCAACCACGAUCGCAUCGCUUCUCUUGCAGCGCAGAGAACAUACACGACGCUCUACGAAAUACGGAGAAUAUUUACUCAAGUCGCACUGGUUUAUUGGGCACCGGUACAUUGGAUCGCCACUUGGGUAUACCGAGGCCCAUUUCAGCUCUACCAGUACGUUCAAUGUCUUCACAACACAUUGGUGGUCCUGCCUCUAUUCGCUCGCCCAGUAUACGUCGAAUGCGACAAUUGCUUGAAUUAUCAGCUGGGCCUGCAAGUCCAAGUGGGAGUAUUAUAAGCACAGCCGGCCAUCAAAGUCCAGCACCCACGCCCAGCGCCACUCUACCGCGUGCUCAUCGUCAGAUUGACAUUAAUCCGGCUGAAUUUUCAAAGUACAAGCUGGAUAAACCGAUAGUUGAUAUAGGUGGAGUGUCGGGUAUGUUGUGGAUUCAUCUGCUUGCGGGCCGUGGCCUACGUUCUACUCCUGAACUGGGUGCACAGCACGUCGGCGGUGGACCACACGGGUCCGCUGGAAUAACACGAGAUCUUUACUGUGUAAUUGAGUGCGAUCGGGUACACAAAGCUCGAACUGUAGUCCGUUCGGGCGACUUACAAUUCGAUUGGGAUGAAUCGUUUGAGUUAGAUUUAGUAGGAAAUAAGCAAUUGGACGUGUUAGUAUAUUCGUGGGAUCCACAACACCGUCAUAAGUUGUGUUAUCGUGGAGCGAUUUCUUUAUCGACAAUACUUCGCCAGUCGCCUUUACACCAAUUAGCUCUGAAAGUUGAGCCGCGAGGUACAAUUUAUAUACGUAUGAGGCAUACUGAUCCCAUUGCUCUAUAUAAACGGCGCGGAUUACCAAGCUUACGCGCUGGUUAUCCGACUUUAUUUGGUGCUGAUCUUGAAACUGUUGUAAAUCGCGAAUCGAAAGGUGCACCCGGUACCGCUCCGGUGCCCAUUGUAUUGCGUCGUUGUGUCGAAGAAGUUGAACGACGAGGUCUCGAUAUUAUUGGACUGUACCGCCUAUGUGGGUCAGCAACGAAGAAGCGCUUAUUGCGAGAGGCUUUCGAGCGGAACAGUCGCGCCGUGGAAUUGAGUCCAGAACAUGUUCCUGAUAUUAACGUUAUAACUGGAGUUCUAAAGGAUUACCUUCGAGAACUGCCUGAACCAUUAUUUACACGAUGCCUCUUCCAAAUGACUGUUGACGCUCUUGCUGUUUGCUUACCGGACGAUCCCGAGGGUAAUGCCAAACUUAUGUUAAGCAUAUUAGACUGCCUACCGCGGGCAAAUAGGGCUACCUUAGUUUUUCUACUCGAUCAUCUCUCUCUUGUUGUUUCCAAUUCUGAACGCAAUAAAAUGUCGGCCCAGGCCUUGGCUACUGUUAUGGGCCCGCCACUUAUGCUUCACUCAGCUAAUGCCCAACCUGGGUCCGAAAUCGAUCACGCACAACCUAUAGCUGUAUUGAAGUAUCUCUUACAAAUUUGGCCGCAACCACAAAUACAACAUCAUCAAAGUAUGGUUGGCGUCGGGGGACCAGCAAAUAUUAUGAGUAGUCUAGGUGGGGUAGGAACUGCCGCUGGUGUCGGCAUUGGUAUAGGUGGUGGCGGUAUCGCUGGCAGUAUGAGUAAUAUGGCGGGCGUUGUUUCAGGUCGGCGCGGCGAGUCAACAGGGCAGCGUGGAAGCAAAGUCAAUGCGUUGCAAGUGGACAGACAACAGCUCCUCAUGCAGCAACAGCAGCAGCUCAUAGCGGCGGGCAAUCUACUACGCUCGUCCACUUCGGUAACCAACAUACUCUCCCACGGCCAACCUCAGCUCUCAGCCACAGCCAACAAUCAUCUAUAUCAAUCAGUAGUGGGUCAGUUAGCUCAAUCGCAUCGAGCCUUGCAACAAGCGGUGCAACAGCCCCAUCAAUUGGCGGACUCAGCGGCCUCAGUAAUUCACGACCAAUCGCCACUACCACUUCCAGGCACACCCUCCCCCGGCAGUAGUUCGACAUCAACGGGCUCCGGUUCGGGUUCCGGUUCCGGUAAAAGCACUGAUACAAUAAAACGCGGUGCUUCACCAUCAAUUGUAAAACAUACCGAUUUGUCAGAAUCUGUUAGCACUUAUUCUCUUAGUCAUACCGCAAAAUCGGAACGGAACCUGCAUACCGAUGAAUGCAAUGAUGUACAUUUAACUUUAAAUGGCAAUAAGCCAUUACAGCAACAGCAACAACAUCAUCAUCAACAUCACCAACAAUUGACUUACGCUUUAACGGGAGCAACAACAACAUCAACAACGGCAAUAACAACGACCACAACGUUACGUAGGGGUAUUGAAUUUUACGAACCGCACAAAACACUAACGAAAAACGACGAGGACAAUAAUAGUGUGAUGGGCGGCGGCAUAAGCCGACAACACGGAGAUGCGGAUUUGAUAAUGAGAACACGUACCUCAUACGGUUCGUCAAUAAUGGCGAAUGGUUCAACGGGCUUGGAAAAGACUACACUCUCCACCGAAGAAUAUAAGGCUAUGCGUAAUAAAUCAAGCGCAACAUCAUCAUCUUCCUCAUCUCAGGCGACUGUACUGAGUGCGGGUUCAACAGGGACAUCGGCCGCGACAACUUCAUCCGAUGAUUCAGACGAUCUCAUUUCAUAUAAAUCAUCAGCAUCGACAAAUGCAUUGUUGGCUCAGUCUCAGGCUAUGACAACAACGCAAUUAAUGUCAAAAUAUUUAAAACGUGAGCCACGAGUGCAAUUUACACCAAUUAAAUCACCUGAUUCACCCUCACCGCCAGGUGCUAACGAUCAUUUACCUAGGGGUACUUAUCAUUUUACUAAUAAAACAAUGAGCGGUACAACUGCUGAAACGAAUUCAAAUAAUAAAACUAGAAUGCCUUCUUCGCCAUCGAGGCAUCCAACAAGCAAUAGUUUAAGAGAAUCAUCAUCAUCAUCAUCAUCAUCAACAACAACAACAACGUAUACCACUGUUGGAACCACCGGAUCCUCAUCAGCAACUGUUUCGACUGGCCGCCGUCUAUUUGACAGUUUAGCAACUGAAAUGGAAUUAAGCCGUUUAACAACGGCAGCAACAACAACAACAACAACAUCAUCAUUAUCAUCAUCAUCAUCAUCCACUGCAACAUAUUCAGAUUUUAGAAACAAUGUAGCUAGUAGUCACAUUAGCAAUAAGUUGCAAAGCUCAGAACAUCGUACAUUUGGCAGCAAUUUAUUUAAUACAAGUGAACGUAGUCCUUUUAAUACAACGAAUGGUUCACAUAAUGCAAUGCAUUUAUAUGGUACAUUGCCAAAGCAAACUAACACAAAUAAUGGCACAACAGGUAACGGUUCCCUAUAUAAUUCGACAACAGCCAGCAGUAGCGGCGUUAGCUCUUUAACUGGCUCGGCCAGUAAUUAUGACUUCCACUCGAACGCAACAACCACCGCAUAUUCAGGUUUAGGUUCAAUAUAUGCUACUUCCAGGCCAUUUAGUAAUGGUAACGGGUCUACGUCAACAGUAUCUAAUGCGUAUGGUACAACGACGACGGGUAAUGGUGGUGGUGGUGGUGGUGGAAAUUAUCAUACAUUGGGUACGUAUCGUGUGCAAUAUGCCGCAACUAAUCCAUUUUUAGAUGCUUUCGAUGUACCCAGUAACGGUAGUGGCAGUGGUGGCAAUAAUAGUUCCAAUAACAGUGAGCACGGUAGUAAUGGUGGAGUCUCAAUUAACUCCACCAGCACUACAUAUCAGCGCUCAUCAUUAAUGGCCGCAUUGCAUGGCAAUGAUUCAAAAAAACGGUAGCGAUGAAUACGAUGACUUGAAAUAAAAUUGAGACUGUUUUUAAAAGUAAAAAUAUAUAUAAUACACAAAUACAUAAACACACUCAGAUAUACAACACAUACAAUCGCUCGCACAUACACGCAGAAAUGCAAAAAAGCAAAAAUAUAUUUACACUUAAUGGUCGAUCGUACCCCGUAUACACGACAUGUUACAUACGACAAAAGUUCGAUAAUUAUUGCAUUUAUGUAUCAUAAUGAAAAUAUAAUAAAAAAAAAAAAAUUUUUUUUAUUUUUUAUU